AUGCUUCGCUUUACUGGUGCUCGCGCUAUUAGAAAGUACUCUACUAGGUAUGCACUCGAGCACCUGAAAGAAGGUGCUCCUCUGAAAGGGCUGUUUUCUAUUGAAGGAUUACAGAAAGCAUGGUUCGACCGAGUGAAAUAUCUCGAUGCAAAAUUGAACGAUUGUACAAAUGAAGCGCAACAAAAACCCUUAGAAACUCUCAUCCAUGAAAAUUCGAAAUCUGCUUCAAAGAAACAUAUCGUGAACUAUGCGUCAUCAUUGUACAACUUGAAAUUUAGCAUGUCUUCCCUUCAGGGAUGUAUCAGGACUCCGCCAGAGGAAUGCCCCAGGCUAGGUCCAGAGGCGCUACUUCAGACCCCUGAUUUCAAUAGGACAAUAAGCAAUGAGCCAUUGACCACUGGCAACGAACGUUUGCAAGCAGCUCUAAUUUCUUCAUUUGGGUCUUUGAUGGAGUUCAGAACAUUAUUAAUAAAUUCAAAUCUUGCUAUAUCAGGCGACGGGUUUACGUGGUUAGUCGCAAGACGGCAGCUCGACAAACGUGCUAUGCGCAACGACAUGCCAAACAGGGAUAUUGAAUAUGAUAAGCUGUUUAUAUUGAAUACGUACAAUGCGGGAACUCCCUUCAACUUCUCUACAUCUGGGGUAAUGAAUGAGCUCAAUAACCAAUAUACCAACAUGGAAAAACAACGAGCCAAAGAAGCCGGUAAUCUUGAAGAUUCUGAGAUGACUGCCAAGCAAGCCAAGACAAAAUUUAUUUAUGAAACCCAACAGAAAGGUUUUUCUGGGAAAGAGGUUUCAUAUAUCCCGCUUUUAGCCAUUGAUGCGUCACCAAAAACAUGGUUAACUGAUUAUGGCGUAUUUGGGAAACGAGAAUAUUUAGAAAGGGUAUGGGACUCUAUAGAAUGGAAAAUUGUAGAGUCAAGGUUACCUCAACGUACUAAGAUCCAAGCAUUCAACACGUUAUGA